UAUGAAGAAGAAGAAUAUGAAGAAGAAGAAUAUGAAGAAGAAGAAUAUGAAGAAGAAGAAUAUGAAGAAGAAGAAUAUGAAGAAGAAGAAUAUGAAGACGAAGACGAAGACGAAGACGAAGACGAAGACGAAGACGAAGACGAAGACGAAGACGAAGACGAAGACGGAGACGAAGACGAAGACGGAGACGAAGACGAAGACGGAGACGAAGACGAAGACGGAGACGAAGACGAAGACGAAGACGAAGACGAAGACGAAGACGAAGACGAAGACGAAGACGAAGACGAAGAUGAAGAUGAAGAUGAAGAUGAAGAUGAAGAUGAAGGUGAAGGAAGAAACAAUGACAAAGAAAAUAUUAGAUAG